ACGCUGUCAUGGUUACACUGAAAGACGCUUUGUGAUCCGCCGCGGCGGGUUGAAUGGAAAGCGGCGCUCUAUGAAUCACUGCGGGGAAAUAUUCAUGUGUUCGUUCAUUUAAAAACAACAUGGACGUGUAAUGUGAGGACAUGUGAACGUUUGGGCUACCGUGGAGACAACAUGGGAGCUUUCUGAGGAACUUUUCGCCCCGGAGAGAAAGGAUGACAACAACACAAUAGUGUUGGCAACCUGCAAGUGUUCCGGUUCCCGCACACUUGAUAUCACAGCAACCCACAACAAAGAUGAGGAUACAGGGACAGCCUGAGGGCGUGAGGAGGCGCCUGGAUUUAAAUGCAGUCGGUGAGCUCAGGGGCGUGGAGGUCAUCCGUGGCCGGGCAGGAUAUGGCUUCACUAUCACGGGACAAAGGCCCUGUCUGUUGAGUGGCAUCAUGCAGGGAAGCCCUGCUGACCUUGUGGGACUCAAACAGGGGGAUCAUAUCAUGGCCAUCGAUGGAACUGACGUGUCCACUGCUUUGCAUGAGACUGUGGUGCAGUUGAUCGGCACCUGCAAAGGACCCUUGCGGAUGGUGGUGCACACUGAAGGCCGAAUCAUGGGGAACCCCAUCCUAAAUGAUGCAAAAUUUGGGAUUGGCCAGAAAACUGGUGUCUUCCAAAAGGUGGGUGUUCUUCGCACUAUCUCGGAUGAUUCAAGCAAUUCCUCCUUUAACUCAGGCCGUGUUAUUGCUGCCAGACAGAGGCCUGUGUCAGAGCCGGACAUGUCGCACUGGUCCCAACACUGGAACUCUUUAGCUGAGCAGCGUAGGGAGGAAACCUCUAGAGUUGGGGACACAGACUCGGUAUUUACUGACACGGAAGAAGCUAAUCCAGACUGGAGUGUUUUAAAUAUGACCUUGGUGGUGGGAUACCUGAGCUCCACAGAGCUGAUUUUAAACACUACAGGAUUGGAGGAGGACUGUUUAAGAGCCAUUCGGGAGCGAAUACGACAGUUGGGAACAGAGCAGAGUACCCAUACACUGGUGAUGAUGAAGAUCAUGUUUGACUGUGUCCGACUUUGUGACGACACAGGAGCUGUUUUGGCAGCCUUUCCCACUGAGAACCUGGUUUUAGGGGCUGUGUGUGCUGAAGACCCACGUUUUUUUUGCCUGGUCACUACAGCACAUAUAAUCAAUGGCCGUGUACCUGAUGAUGGUCCUUUGCGUGCCUCUUGCCACGUUUUCUUCAUCGACCCAGAGUUGGGAAAUCAUGAAGACCACAUAGGCAUUGCAGGACGCUUUGGCUUUGACUGCACUCCAGAUCCAGACGCUUUGGGCUGUCUGGAAUUCCCUCAGACUCCCCCAGAUGUUCUUCACUUUGUCACAGUCCUGUACACUGACAUGGGGGAGGCUGUGGAGAGGCUUCGAGCCAAACUGGACAUUGAGGCUCAGCAGCAAGCCAAGGAGAAUGGCAGCACUGGCAAACAAGGCAGCGCCAGCAGCAAUGGGGACAGUGGAAUUGGAAAUGCAUCCCCCCCUGAGGAGAGAGCGGACAGGGAUUUCCCCUCCGCAAUCCGAAACCACCCUGGGGCCCACCUCCCCAGCUGUCCAUGGGAUUAUCUUCCGGCUGAAGACCUCACCCCAAUAAACCUGUCCAAGAACGGCCAAACACUUAACGCAGAGAACAGUGCCAGCAUACAUUCGCUUUCAGAGUCACUACCUGGGCCUGACUGUCUCACUGGCUUUUAUGGAGGUCCCCCACCCAGACUAGAGUUCCAGUUCAAGCCCCCACCCCCUCCUCUGCCUCUGGAUAAAAAGCCAAACUUCUUCGGAGAUCCUCUCAGAGCUAGCCAAAGGUGGUUCUCAAAGCCAAAGUGGCCAAAAGCCCAAAGUAAUGAUCCUGAGCCUCCGGUGAUAUCAAACAUCAACUGGCCCUCCAGUGUUAGCCUUAGCAACCUGCCUCCCCCGAUGAGCCAGAUCCCCUCAGACAGGUACCAGUCUGCAGAGGUCAUGAUGCUCCCUCCUCGAGAGGAAUGGACCAAAAGGUUUCUUGAACAGAGAGAGAAACAGCGGAAAGACGGUAGCACCAAGAAUGGCACCAGGUUUUGGGGUAAGGGUGCUGUUCGUGCCUCUAAACGCCGCUCCUCUAAACGUCUCAGCCUGGCACGAUCACUGGAUGACCUUGAGUCUGCUGCUUCUUCAGAUGGUGACUACAGCGGAGUCCAGUUGCAGGGAUGCUGCAGCCAGAGCAGCCUGAACAGUAAUGGCAGUCUUCCAGGAGCAGGCAGCCACAGAGGGUUCCCGGAGCAGCGUGUGGCCAGUUGGGCCGGCUGCUUCGAGCGUCUCCUCCAGGAUCCAGUGGGUGUGCGCUACUUCUCGGAGUUUCUGAAGAAAGAAUUCAGUGAGGAGAAUAUCUUGUUCUGGCAGGCCUGUGAAUACUUCAGUCAUGUCCCUGCAACUGAUAAAAAGCAGCUGUCCCAGAGAGCUGGAGAAAUCUACAACAGCUUCCUGUCCAGCAAGGCCACCAUGCCGGUCAACAUCGACAGCCAGGCCCAGCUGGCUGACGAUGUCCUCACCUCCCCACAGCCUGACAUGUUCAAGACGCAGCAGCUACAGAUCUUCAACCUGAUGAAGUUCGACAGUUAUUCACGCUUCCUCAAGUCCUCCCUUUACCAAGAGUGCAUGCGUGCUGAGGUGGACGGCCGACCCUUGCCGGACCCCUACCAGAUCCCCUGCAGUCCAGCACCCUCAAAACACAGUGCCAGCUCUGACCGCUCUACACUUUCUACUCCGAAAAAGGAAAUCAGAAAGCAGAGGUCAGGGAGGUCGCUAAACGAAGACAGCCGAGAUGAGAGCGCGGACAAGAAGCGUGGCAUCUUCUUCUCGUGGUCCCGCAACAGGAGCUUCGGGAAGGGCCCGAAGAAGAAGGAAAUUGGAGACAUUAACCUUGACUACUGGGGCAGUAAUGGGCGGAGGGAGUCCCAGGGCUCCUUGUCGUCCGGUACAAGUCUGGAGAUGGCCACUUCCGUUUCUGCUGGCAAGAUUGAGUCUGAUAACCGCCACUCAGUGUGGGAUCGCUCACCCAAAAACUGCAGCGUGAUGCUCCCAGACGGCUCCUGCUCCUCCAUCACCCUCCGUCCCGGUGCCUCCAUAAGGGAGGUCCUCCAAGAUCUCUGUCAGAGCAUCAGCAUCAACAUCGCUGCUGUCGACCUAUUCCUGGUGGGAGGAGAGAAGCCUCUGGUGUUGGACCAAGACUGCAUGACCCUCAGCUCACGAGACUUGAGGCUGGAGAAGAGGACCUUGUUUAGAUUGGACCUGGUACCCAUUAACCGCUCCGUGGGGUUGAAAGCCAAGCCUACCAAACCCGUCACUGAGGUCCUGCGACCCGUGGUGGCCAAAUACGGCCUCCACCUCGGUGAUCUUGUGGCCAAAAUAAGUGGAGAAAGCGAGCCUUUGGACCUGGGUGCACCCAUAUCGAGUUUGGAUGGCCUGCGGGUGGUGUUGGAGCGAGCAGACCCAGCUUCAGGCAAAGACAAGACCAAGUCUUCCUCUCUCAAAGGCCACCCUCCCACCAGGAGUUUUUCUGCUACUGGAGAUGAGAGGUCGACACCAAAGGACUUUUCUGUGAGAGCAAGUGGACCAGACUCAGCACUCCCAGGGGAAAAGAGAAAACAGAAAAAGAUUAAUAUAGAUGAAGCUGAAGAAUUCUUUGAGCUGCUGAGCCGGGCUCAAAGCACCCGAGCCAACGACCAGCGCGGACUCCUGAGCAAAGAAGACCUGGUGCUUCCCGACUUCCUGCGCAUAACUCCACCCGACCAUCCCUGCUCCACCCCCGACUCCCUGAAACACACCCGGGAGAACGGCCUCUCCCCCCGGGGGGCUCUCACCUCCAGCCUUCGCUCGGAGAGCCUGGACUCCUCCCUCAGCUCCAGCGCCAACGGACACUCCGGGACCAGGCGGUGCCUGUUACCCCCUCCUCGCCACCCAACUUUUGGCACCCACCUGUCCCCUAUCUCCCGGCCGUUAGAUGGCCGACUAAUCCUCCGCACGGUGGAGGAGGACGCCCACGCCGACCUGACCCUUGUGGGGGAGGGCGACAUCAGCAGUCCCAACAGCACCCUGCUGCCCCCAGCGCCAACCUCCAUGCCAUCCUUCGAGGACAGCCUGCCUGAAGCCAACUUCACCCCACCACCGCCCUGCUCCAAGUCUCAAGACGCAGGUGGAGAGGGAAAGUCCAGCUCAGAAGCGAGCACGGACACGAGCUCCAGCGCCGGCAGAUCCGACGCUGCACCAGCGGUUCAGGAGGUGAUGGACGUGGAGGGCGUACAUUUAGAGGAGGGGACACUGGAAGCACCCCCGGGAGAGGACUCUGAGCUCAGCCUCAGCUUCCAGGGCUACGUCGCAGAGCUGCGGCAGUGCCAGAGCAAGAUGAAGAGCGCCCAGGCACCCCACAGCGGGCGCAACCCGCCAGAGGGCAAGGACUGCACCACGGACCUCUACAAGGCCACCGUGGUCUGAAGGGAACCCCCUCACUGCUGCACUUUUAAAUCCAGAGGCACCGUCUUUGAGAAGGGAACGAGUCAUGUGAUGGGCUGCAUGCACACAGCUGUCGACCUACACUCCCAAACAAUCAAUAUGAUGCUGAUAGAUAUUGUAUAUUUGUUCUGAACCCUGUUGUCCGCCCGUUGAUCUUUAGUACUGGUUGUAACUUUGGGACAGUGGUUAUGUUUGUGUUCUGGUAUAGUUUAAUAAUGACGUGCAAAGCUAUUCUUUUAAUGAGCCGUGUUUAGACUGAGGACAACCGGGACGAAGCCUGAGACUCACUGAUGGGUACCAGCUUCUAAUCAAUGGUAUAUCAUGAGUCCUUACUUGAUGAAUCAAAGAGCUGACUGGACGGUAUGCAACAUUACUGAAAGGGAUUAACCAUUAAUUAAGCUGUUAAUAUCAUAUUGAUGAUAUUGAAAUGUGUACAUGCUUCAUGAAAUCUGACAAAAAAACAUUCUCUAACCAGCUUUUUCCCACUGAGGAGGACCGUGAGACGCAGUUGAAAGCUCUGAUCUUACAUUUGAAUUCAUAGCCAGCGAUUAAGACUUGGUUGACAGGGAGGCUGUGAGAUGCAGCUGAAAGGAGAAGAAAGAAGAAGAAAACCAGUAAGCGACCCUUGAGUUGGAAGCUGUCCGAAGCGGUUCCCGCGAGUGUCGGAGCGUCUGCGGGGCAGGACUCAUGACUCUACUGUUGUGUAUUUAAGUAUUUCCUGUUUACAUCUUCUUCCUGUGUUUGACAGAUGAAACAUGACGGUACCUUUAUUGCCUGUACUCCCUGCUUCUGUGGUGUUGAGGUUGUCCACACGUUGACUGAUUAAAAACAAAAAAGCUUUAAUGGCUUUGAAUCCAACACAGA